UUUUGGCCAUGUGGCUAACCUCCACCGACAGUGAUGUAUUUGUGAGUGUGACUGUAUAAGUUAACUUUGAAAAUAGUCCUGUAUCCCCCUCCCGCCAUGGAUCGCCUUCAUUCCAGGGGAAUCAGCAGCCCCUUCUUCACGUUACACUGACAUUCAAUGAACCAUCAUGUUUCCACGCCACACCUGGGUAAGAAAAAUUACCUCUCCACACAUGGAAACUAAAAUUACUCUCCAUCACUCAAAACAAAACAAAAACUCCCUUCCAAUUAUUACAGACUCCUAAAAUUUAUCCCAACCCACCAUGAGAAAACCCACUAAACCCAACCCCACCUUCAACCCAUUCUCAAUCCUCAGAUCCACCCUCCUCCUCCUCCUCCUCCUCUCCAUGGCCUCCAUCUUCUUCCUCUCCCUCUUCUUCUUCCUCAACCUCCACCCUCACUCCUCCGCCGUGGAGAUUAACCGCGCCUGCAAUGCAACGCGCUUCCCUCUCCAAUGCCAAGCCUCUCUCGUCCCCAAUCUCCUUACCAACCCCACCCCUCUCCAAAUCAUCCAAUUCACCAUCAGAGCCUCUUCCUCCAAUCUCGUCACCGCGCGAUCCAUGCUGCACACCAUCCGCGACGCCUCCCGAAACAACCGUACCCGCACUACCAACGUCAAAAACUGUCUCCGUGUCCUCCAUUACUCCCGCUACCGCAACUACCUCGCCGCCGUCGCACUCCGCCGUGGCGCCACCAAGGAUGCGCGCGCCUGGAUGAGCGCCUCCCUCGGCUACCAGUACGGCUGCUGGAACGGCCUCAAGUACAUCAACCACACGGCGCAGGUCGCCGAAACGAUGACGUUCCUUAACUCUCUCGUCAACAUUUCCAGCAACGCUCUCAGCAUGAUGGUCUCCUACGACCUCUUCGGAAACGACACAGCAUUGUGGAGGCCGCCGAUGACCGAGCGCGACGGCUUCUGGGAACCGUCCGGGACUCAGGGACUCGGGGCGGGACCCAAGAUACCGGAGAAAUUGACGUCGGACGCUGUGGUGUGUAAGGGUGGGGGGUGUUACCAGACGGUGCAGGAAGCGGUUAACGCUGCGCCGAAUCAUUCGGAAGAGAGAUUUGUGAUUUAUAUAAAGGAAGGGGUUUAUGAGGAGAAGGUGAGGAUUCCAUUGAGGAAAAGGAAUGUGGUGUUCUUGGGGGAUGGCAUGGGUAAGACGGUGAUCACGGGAUCUGCUAACGUGGGCCAGCUCGGUGUCACCACCUACAGCUCUGCCACCGUGGGGGUUGCGGGGGAUGGAUUUAUGGCAAAGGAUCUCACGAUUCAGAACACGGCUGGUGCUGAUGCUCACCAAGCAGUGGCCUUCAGAUCAGACAGUGAUCUUUCUGUCAUUGAGAACUGUGAAUUCAUAGGCAACCAGGAUACUCUCUAUGCUCAUUCCCUGCGCCAAUUUUAUAAAUCUUGCCGCAUACAAGGCAACGUGGACUUCAUCUUUGGGAACUCGGCAGCAAUCUUCCAAGACUGUGAAAUCCUAGUACGGCCUCGCCAAGGCAGACCAGAAAAGGGUGAGAACAAUGCUGUUACUGCACAAGGUAGGACAGACCCUGCUCAGUCAACAGGAUUUGUUUUCCAGAACUGUUUGGUUAAUGGUACGGAGGAAUACAUGGCAUUGUAUUAUAGCAAACCUACAGCUCACAUAAACUAUCUGGGGAGGCCUUGGAAGGAGUAUUCUAGAACAGUUUUCAUCCAUACAUUCUUGGAAGCCCUUAUCACACCAGAGGGAUGGAUGCCAUGGACUGGGGAUUUUGCUCUGAAAACGCUUUAUUAUGGGGAAUUUGAGAACUCAGGACCCGGUUCUAAUCUGAGUAAGAGGGUGCCUUGGAGUAACCAGGUCCCAUCGGAGCACGUGUUCUCAUAUUCAGUGCAGAGUUUCAUUCAAGGAGAUGAUUGGAAUAAUCAUUUCAGUCUUUAGGUCGUCUUAAGAGUGACCACGGAAUGGUGAAUAGGAGGAGGAGCCGCGGAGUGAUGAAUAUGAGGAGGGACCAUUUUAGUAACUGGGGAAUCUUUUAAGAACAGCCAGGACAAUGAAGAUGUCCAAAGAAUUCAAAUGCCAUGUUAUAGUGGUAGCAGAUACCGAGAGUUGAUACUCAUUCCUACUCAUUUUAUUGUGUAGACCCAGGAUUGAAUAUAUUUAUAUUUUUUCUGCCUGGUGGUUUUCAUAAAAUUUUGAAUUGAUGAAGGACCACUAGUACAUUCAAGAA